GCCGCCCUCCUCCUCCUCCCCACCGCCGCCGCCUCUCGCUAUGAAUGCACGCCGGGCCCUGCUCUCCGCCGCCUUGCUCGCCAGCCUCCUCUGGGAUUUACCUUGCUGCCUCCCGGCUUCUCUCCCUGCCUCCUCGGAGCUCGCCGCCUCCUCCAGAGGUGGUCGCAGCCGCAGAGUGCCGCGGUCCCCACGGGAGAACCGCCCGCGGCAAGGGGGACACGCCAUGGACCGGGCGCUCCCACGGGCGGAACCCCACGAGUACAUGCUGUCUCUGUUCAGGACUUACUCUAUCGCGGAGAAACUGGGCAUCAACGCCAGCUUUUUUCAGUCGUCCAAAUCCGCCAACACCAUCACUAGUUUUGUAGACAGGGGACGAGACGAUCUCUCGCCCGCUCCCUUGAGGCGGCAGCAGUAUGUGUUUGAUGUGUCGACCCUCUCGGAGACGGAGGAGCUGGUGGGGGCCGAGCUGCGGCUGUUCCGCCGGGCCCCCCGCGGCCGCCCGCCGCCCGCCGCGCCGCCGCACGGGCCGCCCGCCGCCCGCCGCCCGCCGGCCCGGCGCCAGCGCCGCACCGCCUUCGCCAGCCGGCACGGCAAGCGGCACGGCAAGAAGGCCCGGCUGCGCUGCAGCAAGAAGCCGCUGCACGUCAACUUCAAGGAGCUGGGCUGGGACGACUGGAUCAUCGCCCCGCUGGAAUACGAGGCCCACCACUGCGAGGGGGUCUGCGACUUCCCGCUGCGCUCGCACCUGGAGCCCACGAACCACGCCAUCAUCCAGACCCUCAUGAACUCCAUGGACCCCGGCUCCACGCCGCCCAGCUGCUGCGUGCCCACCAAACUGACCCCCAUCAGCAUCCUCUACAUCGACGCGGGCAACAACGUGGUGUACAAGCAGUACGAGGACAUGGUGGUGGAGUCGUGCGGCUGCAGGUAGCGGGCGGGACGGCCCUCGGCGGAGCCGGGUCUGCGUCUGGCGGAGGUGCGGCGGCAGCGGCGAGCGGGGCCCAGCCCCGCGGCUGGGGCGGGGGCACCGGCGGG